CUGCUGCAUGAUGCACUGACGCGUGACCUCGACGAGGCUCCUCGUCAGUCUUCAAUUGACCGCAUUGUUCACAGAGCUUGUUUGGCGAUACAACACCUUUAACAAUGAACGCCACCACCGCUGAAUCCUCCCAGGCAAAGCUGACUCAUUCACGCGAACUGCCUGGUACGGCCACAGCCACCCGCGGCCCCGUGCACGUAUCCACGUUGCGCUCCGGCUUCGACCCAAACUUCACGCUGUACACAAACCUGCUAAGUCGGUUGGAGAUCGACCCCGAUGGUUCGCACAAACUCUUCGGCACGCGCACGGUGGAUUUCGAAACCGGAGACGUCGGGCCCUACGAGUGGGUGACUCUCAAUGAGUUUCUCAUCGCGGUGAAGAACUGCUCGUCUGGUAUGAGCCAGGAGCUCGGACUACACCGAGGAGCACUAGUGGGAAUCUUUAGUAAGAACCGCUACGAGUGGUCUGUUGUAGAGCACAGCACAAAUCGCAUGGCGUACACGCUCGUGCCGUUGUACGACACCCUGGGCCCCACGGUUGUGCCCUACAUCAUCAACCACACGGAGAUAAAAGUAGUUUUCUGCGCCAAGGAUCAGGUCAAAACGUUCAUGACCUGCGUCAAAGGCUGUCCAAGUAUCGAGACUAUCGUGCAGUUCGAGGCCAAGAUCGAUGGUGAAGACGUGAGUCUGGCCAGAUCCAACAACGUGUCGCUCAUGACGCUAAAUCAGCUCAUGGAAAUCGGCCUCGUCCACCCUGUGGAAGCUGACCCACCUCUGCCUGAUGACCUCUGCACCAUCUGCUAUACAUCGGGGACAACGGGUAACCCCAAGGGUGUGAUGCUCACACACUCCAACAUGAUCGCCUCGAUCUUGUGCUCCAUAGAAAUCACACCACUGAACGAGUCGGAUGUUCAUCUGUCCUUCUUGCCGUUGGCUCACUGCUUCGAGCGCAAUGUACAGGCUCACAUCAUCGGCAAAGGAGGAUGCAUCGGCUACUACCAAGGUGACGUUACCAAACUACUGGACGACAUGGCAGAGCUGAGACCGACAGUAUUCCCAUCCGUGCCGCGAUUGAUGAAUCGAAUUCAUGACAAGAUCACGCAAGGCAUUGCAGCCGCUGGUGGUGUGAAGAAGCUCUUGUUCGACCAGGCAUAUGCAGCUAAGAAGGAGUACCUUGCACAGGGGUACUACACGCACGCUUUCUGGGACCGUUUGGUGUUCGACAAGCUCAAGAUGAUUCUGGGCGGUCGUGUUCGCUAUAUCCUCAGCGGUUCUGCCCCACUGUCGAAGGUGGUGAAGGAGUUCAUGGCCAUUGUGUUCUGUUGCCCUGUGCUGGAAGGAUAUGGACUCACGGAAACUGCUGCGGUGGUGUCGUGUGCUACGGCUGAUAUGCCAAUGACUCGACAUGUGGGGAUCCCCGUUGCUGGUGCAGAGAUCUGCCUGGAAGAUGUCCCGGAAAAGCUCUACUUGACUCGCGAUACGCCAUGCCCUCGAGGUGAGAUCCUGACCAGAUCUAAACACGUCUUCAAAGGCUACUUCAAGCAGCCAGAGUUAACGAGCGAAGUACUGGAUGCCGAUGGCUGGUUCCACACAGGAGAUAUCGGUCAGUGGAAUCUGGAUGGUACGCUGACGGUCAUUGAUCGCAAGAAAAACAUCUACAAGCUCUCGCAGGGCGAAUACGUGUCGCCUGAACGUCUCGAGGGUGUGUACGGUCAGAGUCCUUUUGUUGCCCAAGUGUUCGUCCACGGUGAUUCGUUCAAGAACUACAUGGUAGGUAUCGUCGUACCAGACCCCGAGUAUGGUUCUGUUUGGGCUGAAAAUCAGGGACUUAAGGGGGAGGAAGCUUCAUUGGAAACGCUAUGUGCUCCUGGCAACAACACGCUCCUUCGUGUUAUUCAGGAAGACAUGCGGCAGUUGGCUCUGACUGCGAAGCUGCUUCCAUUCGAGCGGGCUCACAAGUUGAGGCUGCAUGCGGAUCAGUUCACUCCGGAAAACGGUCUUGCCACGCCCACCUUCAAACCCAAACGCUUUGAACUCAUCCAAUAUUUAGUGACGUCAUCCAUGAAAUGUAUGAGGAGCAAAGUAAGCUUUAAGAUGUGAUACAGGGGUGAUAGAGCUCUAUUAACACGAUGGAAUGAUCAUGUCGUUGUUGUGUCUUCA